AUGAAGUUUUUUUUUGCUUUUAAUUUUUUUUCCUUAUAUAUUUACCUAUAUGAAUUUUUGUGCAUACCCCUGUGUGGGUCUCAAGUGACCCCUGCUGAACCCAUGUUAAACAGUAACUCUGCUUUAGUUAAUCGAAAGAUAAAUAGAAGAAAAAUGAAGAAUUGUAAUAAUAAUGAUUUAUUAAAAGUAUUAAAAAUGGAAACUACUUAUAAAGAAUUACCAGCACGUAAUUUAUUGAUGAGUUCAAAAAAUGAUAUAAGUCAACUAUUUGAUUAUAUUAAUAAAAAUGAAGAAUUAUCAAAACUUAUGAAUUCAUGUGGAACUUAUGUAUAUUUAAAAUAUCUCGGAGUUGUUAUUUUUUCAAUAAAAGAAAAUGUGCAUAUUUCUGAUUUAAGUGAAUUCAUACAAUAUUUAUUAAAUAAAAAUGUGUGUAUAGAAUUUAAUCAAAAUGUUAUGUUGUAG